AUGAGUGCAUUUGCAGCUCUUAAAAAUAAUCCAUUUGGUGAAUCAAUAUUUAAUAAUACCAGCAAUGGCGAUAAUCACAGUCGGGAUGAUGUGGAAGAAGAUGAGGUGGUUCAAUACAUAGCCAAUUCCUCUGAUGAAGAUGAUGAUGACGACAACGACGACAACGACAACGAUCAAGGUAAUGAGGAUAAUAAUUUGUUUCCAUUGGAAAUAUCUGCACCUGUAGAUACCUCAAUAUCUUCAACACCAGCGCCAAUACUCAAUUCCCGUAUUACUCAAUCCAAUUACACGCCGAAUGAAUCAAAUCUAAAAUUUUCUGAUAAUCAUGUUACAAUAACAUUAAAUCCAUCAGAAUAUAUAAUAAUAUCAGGUCAAUGCAAUUUGAAAAUAAUUAAAGGAUCAAUCAAGAUAAAUCAGUGUCAUUGUUUAACUAGUGAAGACAACAAAUCUUAUAAUAUAAUUGCAUUACAAUCACAAUCAUUACCGAUUAUAAGUCACUAUACAACCCCAGAAAUGGAGGAGGAUGGUGUAACUUCAGUUUCAAUAAUACAAUUGGAGAAUUCAUUUAGUGGUAUUGAAAAUAUUUCUCAAAUUGAACCAGCGUUUAAAAACUUGAUUUCUGGACAACCUAAUGUUGAAGAACCUAGUUUAUUUAAAAAUUAUUCAUUUGAUAUAGUACUAACAGAAACAAAUGGGGGAUAUGGAUUAGAUAUAAAUUCUUAUUGGAUAAAUGAAUUGAACCUAUUGAAAUCAAAUAAAGAUGAUCCAACUCCGAAAAUAAUCAUGAUUAUUGGUAAUAAAAACACUGGUAAAUCAACGUUUUGUAAAUCAUUAAUAAAUGAAUUACUAUUAACUAAUCCUAAUCGUCCAGUAUCAUAUUUAGAAAUAGAUCCUGGUCAAUCAGAAUAUUCAACUCCUUGUGCCUUAUCAUUAUCAGAAAUUGUUCAAGCUCAAUUUGGUUUAGCGGCAUUACCCCAUAAGAAUAACAAUAUUGUUAAAUCUCGUGUUGAACAUUAUUUUGGAUUCACUAGUGCUGUUAAUGCCCCAACACGAUACGUGGAAAUAAUUGAGGAAUUAUUUAAUCAUCAUCAAACUAAAUUUAGUCAAAGAAAUCAUUUAAUUAUAAAUACUCCUGGUUGGGUUAAAGGUUAUGGUAAAGAAUUAUUGAAUCAAAUCACUAAAAUUAUCAACCCGGAUAAAUUAAUAUUAUUAUCUAAUAAUUUAAAUCAAGAAUACCCGGAUAACGCCAAUAUUUUACAAGAUUUAACUUAUCAAUCAUUAUCUAUAAUUCCUGGUGUUUAUCAAUUAUCAAAAUAUUCAGCCCCACAAAUCAGAACUAUAAAUAAAUUGUUGUAUUUCCAUCAAACCACAACAACUGGAACAUUUAAUUUUAAUGAUCAUUUAUUGGAUUCCUCGCCAUUGAAAAUAUCAUAUGCUUGUGGCAAUUCACCAAAUAACCCAGGAAUAUAUUCAACAACAAUUAUAAAUCAUAAUAUAGAUAAUGAAUUUAGUCAUCGAGAUUUAUGUUCUUUAGUUGAAGUUUCAAUUUAUGGGAUUUACUCGAUAAAAAGUAAUGGUAACACUAAGUUUGAUGAAAUGUCUUGUUUUAGAAGAGAUGAUGGCAAUUCACCCUUUUAUUUAAAUCCAGAUGAUUUUGAUAAUUUAUUAUCUAAUGAAACGAUAACCAGUAAAUUCAUUGGAUUAAUUAUGGUUCAUAGUAUUAAUCCUAAUGAUCAUUAUAUGAAUAUCUAUGCUCCGGAUAUAAUAAUCAAUCGAUUACGAAAAGUCCUAUCGACAAAUUCAAAUCAGACUAAUGAUUAUAAAUUAAUUAUGAUAAGAGGUGAAGGUGAUAUACCAAAUUGUGAAAUGUUAUAUCCUGAAUUUAUAAAUAAGAAAAUUGAUUAUUUAAAACUGAUUAAAAAGAGGAAAGCUGCCACUACAAGUAGGAAAUUGGUUGAUUUGAAAUUACCAUAUAUUAGUUUUGAAACAAAACUGAAAGUUGGUGGCAUUUGGAAAGUGAGAAAGAAUAUAAAACGAAGAGGUCAUCAUCAAAAAGGGUAG